AUGAGUGUUCAUUCAGUGUUUGGAAUGGCGUUGGGUCUGUUGGCCUGCCUUCUCCUCUUGGAUCAAUCCAAUGCAUUUGGCGUUGGUAGCAGCGUUGCACAGAGAAGCAGAACGUCUACCAGUAGACUCUACUUGGCGGCAGCGGAAGAAGCGGAUGACAAGUCCAAAGAAGAUGCCUUGAAAGCUGCCAUUGGCGCCAUGUACGGAGACCAACCUCUCGAGGCUCCCGACAAGACCCAGGAACGAAUUAAAAACUUGAUCGAAUCCAACAAGGUCGUGUUGUUCAUGAAGGGGACCAAAUUCUUUCCACAAUGUGGAUUCAGUGAAACGGCCACCAAAAUUUUGGAAGCUCUCAAGGUCGAAUUUGAAGCCGUCGAUGUCUUGUCGGAUGAGUCCAUUCGGCAAGGAAUCAAAGAGUAUUCUCAAUGGCCCACUAUUCCACAACUAUACAUCAACCAAGAGUUUAUUGGUGGCAGUGACAUUAUGAUUAACAUGUUUGAGAGUGGAGAAUUGCAGGAAAUGAUGAAGGAAAGCUAA